CGCCAAGUCCGUUUUGCGUAUAAAAACACCUAGCCGUACCAGCAUCAGUAUCAGUUCGAUUUCGUGUUAAGUUUGCAGACUAUCUCAGUGAACCGCAACACCAAACAAAUCCAAGUAGUCAUGGCUUCCUUCAAAUAUCUGAUAUUCAUCUCAUUGGCUGUCCUCAGCGUUUACUCAGUCGGCGCCGAACAAGAAAACAAACCAGCACAAGUACAAGCUGACGGAGAGAACGUCAGGGCCAAGAAACACGCUUACGUUGCAGCCCCUGUCCUCGCCUACUCUGCCGCCGCUGCCUACCCAUACUCUGCCUAUCCAGCUGCUUACCCAUACGCCGCAUACCCAGCCGCCUAUCCAUCAGCAUACAGUACCUACUCAGCUUAUCCAAGCUACUCUUACGCCUACGACGAUGGAAAAUACUGGCCAGGCAAAUACGAAAAAUCUUAUUACCCAGCCUACAAAACCGCUUAUCCAUAUCACGCCUAUCACUAUUAAACACAAACCUUGGACACCUCAAUGACAACGCUGAAACAUUCCUAAUAUUUGUAUUUUUUUUUCUUUUUUAUUAUUAUAAGAACAUUAAUUUCUUUUUUUAAAUAAAAAAUCCUUUUUCUAUCA